CUAUAAUACGGCGGGGGCAGGGCAGUGGCCGGUACAUUGCUGGUGACGCUCACAGUGAACACGGCACCAUGAACUCCCUUUGGAUCCUCCCCUUGCUCGCAACCUCAGCAUUUGCGGCUCCCCAGCAAUACAGCGCUCCUGGAAGGGUGUCGUCAAAAGGAUUUGGCGGUGGCCUCAGUGUCGGUGGUUUCGGUGGUGGUGGAGUUGCAAUCCAUUCAGGUGGUCUGGAUCUAGGAGGCCUCGGUGGUGGUGGACUUGGAGUCCAUUCAGGUGGUCUAGAUUUAGGAGGCCUCGGUGGAGGUGCAGAUCCGAGUGGUUUGGCUGGAGCAGUCCCUGUACUCAGUGGGGGAGGUGGGUUCAGUGGAGGUGGAUUCGGUAAAGGAGGAUUCGUCGGAGGUGGAUUCAGUGGAGGUGGAUUCGGUGAUGGAGGACUCAUAGUUGGCGAUAUUGGAGGUGGUGGAUUCGUUGGAGGCGGUGGAUACGGUGGAGGCGCCUCUCUAGGACCCUGUGGAGGUGGUUUGGUCAGGAAGGCUGAUGGCACCUGCGCAACACCGAUUGUGUCAAGGAACAUCUUCCUGUACAACGCUCCACGUCCCAAGGCUUCUUUUGGACCUCCACCCAAAAUCCCCGACCCUAAGAUCCACUACAACUUCGUGUUCGUUCGUGCCCAAGACACAAUCGUUGGUCCCAGGCCCGUUGUUGUGCCUCCGCCCCAGCAAAAAACUCUGGUGUAUGUGCUCAGCAAGCGACCUGAAGCUAUUGGCCAACAGCUCAUCGAAGUGCCCGGCCAGCUCGAAGAACCAGAAGUGUUCUUUGUCAACUACAAUGAAGGCGAAAACCCAGUUCUUCCUGGAGGAAUCGACCUGCAGACCGCACUCAGCCAGUCCGCUGGUGCUGGCAGAAUUAUUGACGCUAGCGGUGGAGCCGGUCUCGGUGGUGGAGUCGUUGGUGGUGUCGGACAUGGAGGGGGUUUCGACGUUAGUAACGAGCUUAUUAGAGCAGGCGGUUUCUCUGGAGGAUUUUCAGGUAAUUCCAUAAGCAGCGGUGGAGGGUUCAAUUCCGGCAUCGGAGGCGGAAAUCUCAAAGGCUCAUACUCGUCUCCAGCUAAGACGGUAGUGCGAAGCGACCAAGCCGCUGAAGGGUCCAGCGUCGUUACCACCACCCUCAAGCGGGAGGUUGAAGAACCAAGUGAGGAUGACAGCAAGAAAGAACAAGAGUGAUCAAGUAAUGAACGCAGUCCUAUUUCGUCAUUUAGGUUUACGUUUCACCUUCUCAUUGAUUUGCCAUUACGACUUAUUUUAUUUGAUUGCUACCAUCAUUUCAUCAAUAAACGAGUUUCUAAA